UCUCAUUGUUUGCGGCUCACUGUUGCUCUGCACCGCCGGGCGGAGAGAGCGACGGGUCAGAGGAAAAUGGCGGACGGUGUGGAUCACAUCGACAUCUACGCCGACGUAGAGGAGGAAUUUAGCCAGGAAGCCGACUACCCAGUUCACGAGCAGAUCGACCUGUAUGAUGAUGUAAUAUCCCCAUCAGCCAACAAUGGCGAUGCUCCAGAAGACCGCGACUACCUGGACACACUGCCUGCACCAGGUGGCGCAGAGGGAGGAAAGAGUGCCCCGCCCAAUGUGGUGUACACCUACACAGGCAAAAGGAUUGCCUUGUACAUAGGAAAUCUAACAUGGUGGACGACAGAUGAGGACCUGACAGAAGCCAUCCGGUCAGUAGGCAUCACAGAUGUGCUGGAGAUCAAGUUCUUUGAAAACAGAGCCAACGGCCAGUCAAAAGGGUUCGCGCUGGUGUGCGUGGGCUCAGAAGCGUCAUCCAGGAAGUUAAUGGAGCUGCUGUCAAAGAGGGAGCUCCAUGGUCAGAAUCCCAUCGUCACACCAUGCAACAAACAGUCCCUCAGCCAGUUUGAGAUGCAGUCACGCAAAAGUACUCAGUCAGGCCAGAUGUCUGGAGAAGGUAAAGCUGGUCCCCCUGGCGCUGGCCCUCGUGGAGGUUUCCCCAUGGGUCGAGGUAGAGGCAGAUUCCCUGGACCACCCGGUCCUGGAGGAGACCGCUUCCCUGGGCCUGUUGGGCCUGGCGGGCCACCACCACACUUUCCUGGCUCGGGGAUGAGACCAGAUCUGAUUAGACACCAAGAUGGCCCUCUGAUGGAUAUGAGUUUCAAUCCCUUCCCGCCGGGGGGCAGGAACGGGAGCUGGCGUGGCAGAGGUGGGAUGCAAGGUCCCCCACGCCCGCCUCCCGGACCCCCUGGUCCCCCUGGCCCUCCAGGACCUCCCCCUCCUGGCCAGGGUCUCCCCCCGCCUCUCGCUGGUCCUCCAAAUCGUGGCGACAGGCCGCCUCCCCCUGUCCUCUUCCCUGGGCAGUUUGGCCAGCCUCCAAUGGGACCCCUGCCCCCAGGCCCCCCUCCUCCAGGUUACGGCCCUCCCCCUGGUCCCCCGCCUCCUCAACAGGGCCCGCCACCCCCGGGACCCUUCCCUCCUCGUCCCCCAGGCCCCAUUGGGCCCCCCAUGGCUUUGGCUCCACCUCCACACAUGCCAGGUCCCCCACCAGGUGGACCACCACCAGCACCCCAUGUCAACCCUGCGUUCUUCCCCCCACCUGGCAACAACAACAUGCCCCCUAAUGACAGCCGAGGACCCCCUGGACCAAAUGACCCAUACGGACGGCCACCACCAUAUGAGAGAGGGGACUAUGGUCCUGGAGGCCGGGAGAUGGAGGCCUCCCGGACACCUCUGAGUGAGGCAGAAUUUGAGGAGAUCAUGAACAGAAACAGAGCCAUCUCCUCCAGCGCGAUAUCUAGAGCAGUGUCUGAUGCCAGUGCAGCUGACUAUGGCAGCGCUAUAGAGACCUUGGUGACAGCCAUCAGUCUGAUUAAGCAGUCCAAAGUGUCAGCAGACGACCGUUGUAAGGUCCUUAUCAGUUCCCUGCAGGACUGUCUCCACGGCAUUGAGUCAAAAAGCUACGGUUCCGCCUCCAGGCGAGAGCGCUCCAGGGAACGAGACCACAGCCGCUCCAGAGAAAAGAGCCGAAGGCACAAAUCCCGCAGUCGCGACCGGCAUGAGGACUAUUACCGUGAACGCAGCCGGGAGCGCGACCGCCAUCGUGAGAGGGACCGGGACCGAGACCGUGAAAGAGAGAGGGAGAGGGAGUACCGACACCGCUAGACGACAAGGAAGACUUGGACUUGAGCCAGUCUAGUUCACGCCCGAAUAACCUUCAACUACAUGGCAGAAGGAGAAAAACACCAGCGUUGAGUUUGAAAAAGUCUUCUCUGAUUACUUACCUCGUCUCUUCUUCAUUGGAAUAAUGGCUUCAGUUUAGCUCACAAACCAAAUUUGCUGUAGGGAUUUUCUAUAGAGAGUUGUCAAGGAAAUGUUGUCUUUGUCCUCUUGAAUACACUCGUGUAUGCCAUAAAGGGCUUUUGAACAGUUUCAAAACUUUUGAAGUCAUAUAGUCAAACUAGGUUACAGCUUAAAAGCUAAGUAUUAAUUUAAAUGCCCCUAUAUGAAUAUUUGAGGAAGGGGUCAAGGAGAGACGAGGUAAGCAAGGUAACGACUUUUAAAACUCAGUCCUUUUGGUUUCAGGUAGGUUUAAGGUAAGUGCUUUCCUUAAAAUUUCAUGAUGUAAUGACAGUUGUGUUAUUGUGUAUUUGGUCUUUCAGUCAAUAUAUGUAAAGCAAUGUAUUCACAGAGGGGUUUGUAAGAGCUGUAUCUAUGCUGUGGUUCUCCCCAAAAUCAGAAAAUACAGUGAUAGUUACUGGAAAUUUCAUUUGUGGAUGCAUUGUUACUUUUUGGUCUACAUGCCUCUGAGGCUGGUAUCUGCUAAAUUUGUCAGCCACUUUUUGUACUCUGCCCAAAUAAAAAAAACAAAUAAUGAAUUCUCUGACAGAUAACAUGAACAUGUGUAAAUGGUAAGACAGCAGUACCAGCCUGCUGCUUGUAUAUGGCUGUGGUGGGUAAGGUUUUGUACUACUUGGCACGUCAGAGACUCUCUGUAUAAACACCUUUUUUAAUAAACAUCGUAUUGGCUCGUACAAUUUUGGUUUUACCAGCAGCUAUGGCCAGUGGACCAAAAUAACUUCUGGCUUCAAUAUCAAGGUUUAAUUCUUACUUGCCAUUUCUUUAUAUGUGAGUUUAAGCUAAUUCAAUUGUGACUGCUGAGUUGGUUUGUCAGUGUGCUUGUUAUAAUAGUUCCUUGACUGAUCGGCUUCUUUGGUUUUAGAUGUCUUACUUUUUUACGAUACCUAGUACAGAUUUAGCGUUUUGUGUGGUCUGUUUGUUCAGAUUAUAAUUUUAGCAAAAAAAAUUACAAUGUUCAACUUGUCGAUAGACCAAUCUACACUUUGUAAAUGUUCCAUUCAUAGAAAUGUUGUAUACAUAUUACCAUUUCAGUUUAAAAAUGAAAAUAUAUAAUUUUCAUGUUUAUAAUUACGAGAAGGUCACAAUUUAUCAGUGUCAAUAUCUGAUGAUUUUUGGGCGCGAAAUUUUUUGACAAUGUGAUUGUGCCAUAUUUGCAUGUCAGUAAUACUGCCUGACAUUUUACUUUCGUCAGAUUGAAUGUUUUGUAGCCUAGUGUUACUCACAACCAUUGUACCUCAAUUUAAGACAUUGAGGUGAAGUGAAAAAAUGAAAGAGAAAAAAAUCAUACCUUUUUGAUAUCCUGUUCUAGUACACAUAAUGUCACACAGAUCAUUUUUUGAGGCAACGGAAAAAAACAAUUUGAUACUCUGCAUGGAUAGAACACUGGCUUUAAAUUGAAAGAAUUCUUAAUUUUUUGAUUAUCAGAAUUGGUUUACAUGAAGGAUCGUGACUUAUUCAUAUUAGUAGCAAGAGUAUAUGAUAAUUAUAAAUUGGAACUCGAAAGACAGAAUAAGAAAAUCGUUGUUUUCACAUCCUACGUUUCUUUUGGCUGUCACCAGGCCGUCAAUAGAUAUUUAAUUUAAUUUUUAUUUUUUUAAUUGAGUUGCCUUCAGUUAAAGUAACGUAGCGCAGUUAAACUAAAUGAAAUCAUAAUUUUGGAUAAUAAUAAUCAAUAUAAUUUAGAAGGUAUACAGUAAAAGAACUACAAUUUUAAUGUCAAUGCAGAAAAUUCAUGAUAACAUGCCAAUUGUUAUUUGACAUUGGCUGAUACAUAGAAGAAAUUAACAUUUUAAUAUUUGUUUUUCUGUGUGAUUUUUGUAUGUACAUUGAAAUGAUUUCCAUUUAGGCUGCAGUGUUGAUUUUAAAAUGAUAAAUAGCCCUAGGUUGCCAAGAGAUCAUGAAAGUAUUUUUGGCACAUAGCAUUAUGUGUUUUGCUGGCAUUUUGGAUGUUAAGUCAUGUUAUGAAUGAGUUGUAGAUGAAUUUAUCUGAAACUACUUGACACCAACUUGUACGCAACUAAUAAUGAUACCACACUGACUACGUUUUCAUGCAUAAAAUAUUCCGUUUUUUGCCCUUAUUCUGAAAAAGACAGUAUUCCUACUAAGCUGUUUACAUGAUUAAUGAAAUUCCACACAUAUUCCUGUUACAUGCAGUUGUACAUACUCCGAUUAACAUAGCUGUAAAUGACGUACUGUACGUCCUACGGAGGAAUUUCCCUCCUUUUUUCCUUCGUUUUCAAUUUGUAGUCAUGUUGCUCCUGCGGCACAAGUGGAACAGCUUUAGCCAUUUUGCCUUUCUGUAUCAAAAGAGGUAUUAUUAAAGAAGUUUUCCACCAGUGGCAGACUUGUUUGGCUGUACAAUCAGACUCUUUCUUUCAUUCACUCAUUCAACCACCUUCUUGAAAAGGUCAGUGUUGCACUAUUAUAAUAUUGUCAUCCAAUCUUUCAUAAUGUUUAAAAGUAGUUGUGUUCUCCUUCCGAACAGAAAUGUUUUUUGUGCAUGUAUUUGUUGGCUAGUUGGUUUGUUUACAACGCGCACCGUAAACAGACAAGAGGCCAUGUGUCACAAACUACAGUAAAAACCCCAAAUUCACUGCCUUUCUGAAGAAUGCUUCUGAACCUUAAUGAUAUUGACAUGUCCCACAUGUCUUAAUCGGAGAAUGCUUAAUUCGGAAUAUGCUGGUUACAUGACCCUUAUCAAAUGAGGAAUAUUGUCAUGUUGGGAAUAAUUGCAGGAAAUCAGCGUGCAUGCAAACGUAGUCAUUGUCAAGGUUCUAAAAUUAUGAGUUAAAUAUUUUUUAGGCAAAUAUUUUGAGACUCGCUGUUUUCAUGGAUUCUCCGUGUUAGGGUUUCACCAGUCAUUUGUGAUCUUUGUGGCAAGAUUCCAUUGCGUCACUUGCGUAUUGUCCAACUUUUGUAAAGUUUUGGAACUGCAGUUGAAAAAUAUCAGGUUUGAACGAUAUUGUGUAUCGUUCUGAUGUCCUUUACUGCCAAAGCACUAACAUGUCUGUGGUGUUAUGUAUAAACCAGUCCUUUUAUAGAGCAGAGUCUCAUAGGUUACAUGGAGCCUUCAGCAUCUCUGUAGAGUUGCACAUCGCCCCAAAUAAUAUUUCUCAUCAUUUUAAAUGAGCUUUCAGACAUAUACUUGAUUCACAUUUAACACCUUAAUGUAUACAUGUGCACUCACAGAGCAGGAUUUAUGUUUUAUACACAACACGCCAUUUAUGAUUUAUAUAUGCACUUGUAUUACAAGUGUUUCCGUUUUUCUCAUACUGAGAAAUAUUAACUGGGGUGGUUUUGCUCGUGGAGUUGCUGAAUUCUAAAAGCAGGCCAAACCUAAAAACCAAAACUAUGUAAUUUACUAACUGUCUCGGUAAUCUGUCAUGUUAUUUAAAAUAGUUAUGCAGAUUUCUAGUUGUCAGCCCUAGCUAAAUUGAUCUAAUCUCUGUUCCAACCAAUUGUCCCACAACAGUUUUUACUGAAAGACUUUGUAUCCACUGGGAACCUCUUUACAAAAGAUUUCUAAUUUUGUUAAAGAGAAGUCUUCCAUGUUUUCUUUCACUGGCAGCAUAUCAUCUGUAAAUUUUCAGAGUGGCAACAGCUUAUAUAUUUAAUCCUGUUAAGUUUUAUGUUUUUAAAUGAGCACUGCAUUUUGAUAGAAGCAUUGCACUAGCAAUGACUGCAGUCUCCUCUAACACUUUGUUAUCUCUGUUAGAGAAGAGAUCCCCAGUGGGCACAAGGCCUGAUAACGUUUGGUAAUUUGUAGUUGUCUAAAAUGCAUUUAUGAGUAUAAUUUUUACCAAAAUGUGUCUUGCCGUAUAAAUGAAAUGACUAAAGAUCUAAAUCUGUCUUUGCAUUCAGUCUGAUAUCUUGGGGCAUGGUAACGGUAAAAAAUGAGAAAUAAGCAUAUUGCUUUUAUUCCUGAUAGUAGUAUGGCUAUUUGUUGUGUCCACAGAUAUGCUUUAACACUGUUUUAUCUGUUCAUACUGCCAUGGGGGAAUGUACACUGUUUGCACCCGGCUGAAAUGACUUUUUAUGCUAUCUCUUCAGUCUGUCUGUAGGUGUAUGUGUGUUGGGAAUCACAGCCCCUUUUCAAACUAGCAUACUAAUUGCUCAUGUUAAACCAGGGUCAAACAGAGUUUCACAUACAGGUCAGUGAGAAGCAUUCAUGCCCAUUUUAAAUAACAGGGUGUAAACAGAGGUUGUCCUUGAAUAAAUGACUUUUGAAGGCCCAAGGGUAGGGAAUAGAAUAAGGAAAUUACAAUUUUGACUGAACUGAAGCAGCUGAAGACAAUUGUCAUUCUUGUAGUUCUUAGUAUAGAUGUAGCAAAAGUAUACAUUUUCCACACUUUGUUCACUAUUAACUAUUUUCUGAAAUACCAGAAGCUUUCUAUAAGCCUUUCUGAACAUAUGAUAUGAUUAACAGUGGAAGCAAAGUGUUGUGGUGCCCACUUGCUUGCUAAAUGUUAUAUAAAAAAUAAUUUUUCAAAUGGUAAGUAUCGCAUCUCAGGCAGUUUCGUGGAGGGCUUUCUAGCAGCUAAACAAGUUGGAAGAGUAUUUCAUGGACUGCUUGACCCUGGUUUGACUGACAUAUGACAUAUUUUAUAAUAUGGCAAAAGAUUUGUUGUAAUUUGAGCAUCGACAAAAGUUCAGUCAUGUCCAUUCCCACUUGUACUGGUGUAAUAAGACACUUUUAAAUAAUAGUGUGACAAGAAUCACCAUUUGACCACUGUAAUGUAAAAUAUUGUUAUUGUCAGCUGAACUGUAUUUAUCUGUAGUCGUGCACCAUGUCAAACUAAAUCCUUUCCACAGCAGAAACGUAUUGAAUUUCAGUGUGCAUUUGAACCGUGUAAAAUGAUCUGUACUUCACCUGCCUGUAAUUAAGGCUUUCUUUGGUGCAGAUACCACUUCUAAUUCACCCUGUAAAGAAAAACCUUGUGUUAUUGAGCCUUAAUUGGUUUGAUUUUAAAUAAGAGAAUACCUAGCACAUUUGAAAUGACUUUCUGUAUCAGAAUUGUUGUCAUUUCAUUUGUUAAGAGGUGCUUUACCAUUGUUGACAGUCUAAUUGACCAUUGCUGCUGCCAUUUAUAAGUGGUGAAUGAUAAUGAGGUUGCCUUUCCAGUUUCCUGUACCUUGCAUGCUGGCCAUGCUGGUCUUUCUCAAUUAUAAGUACAAAAUAUUGCAGUUUAUUCACUGACAUUAUGUUAUGUCUGCUAGACCAUAAAGGGGUAUGCCAAAUCGAAAUUAUUUUCUCUUGACGUGUUUGUGUGUGUGUGUGUGUGUAUAUAUAUAUAUAUAUAUAUACACACAUAUAAAAAACACUCACUGGGCGAUUGUGGCAAAGUAUCACCUGUUGUGCCUGAGUCAGAUGCGUGCCUUUCUCUUCGUAGUUUUGUGUUUUGAUCUACGGCUCUUUUUUUGUCCUUUCUGUGUCUUUUACUCCUGUAUUGGUUAAUUUCCUGAAGUGUCGCAAUCAAUCAUGCACUUUCUAUGUGUCGCAGUGGUUAAAGUUUUCAGUUUUUAGCUCUGUACCUCAUGCUUAUCAUUGCCAGUUGGUUGAAAAGAAAAAUAUGAAAGACUAACAAAGUCCAUCUUAGCUAUGGUUGGGAGAAGUGGCAGCAGGGGGAAACAUUACUUUUAGUUCAUUAUUCAGUCAAGGUAUUUAAAUACAACUACUAAUGACCCAUGUCUUCAACAAUAAAAAAGCUAGUGGAGUUUAGAAUUUUUAAGCUUACAUUUAAGACCUCACAUGGGUAGUAGGCAAGUGUUUUAGAGUACCUUUUGGUUACAUAAUUGCAUUCUAGUAAUCUAGUAAACCUUACAUUAUUGAUAGCUUGAUUUCAUAGGAGAUUUAUUCUGAUGUUGUCUUUGCUUAACAGCGCAGUACAGCAUGAAAUAUCAUUUCACAAAUAUAUUUCAAAUCACACAACUCAGAACAAAUGCUAUAUAGUGCAGAACUGAUCCUGUUUAGCCAGGUGCACACUGUAUAUAUGUAUGGCUCAGUUGAACUGUCCACAAAGGAUGAGUCUUUCUAAUCCAGCAUAGCUUUGCCCUUCCCUCGCGGCCAUCUGAGAAUUUGGGAGUUCAGUGUACACACAGUAGGCAAUUCUAUAACAAAAAUGUUCGUCACAGCCUCUAGUCUUGAAAUUUACAUUAUCUAUAUGGAUGUCAAUUCUUGUAUGUCAAAAGAGCGACAUGUAAGGUGCAAGCAUUUUAUACAUGCAUUUACUUCACAUGCAUAUAAACCGUUUCAAAUCCAACAGUGAUGAAUUGCAUUUAGGCAUAGACUUGACUGAAUAUUGUUAUAUCAUCUGGUGUGUGUAUGAUAGAAUUCAAAUUUGCUUCUUGAAUAUUUCCUGUUCAAGUUUGCAUGACAUGUUUCUCUGUCUGUGCUAGGGUUGGGGGCAAUACACAGUCAACUGAGCAUUAAAGGAAACAAAAGUUAAUGUCCUUAAAGGAAAUUCUGCCUUGUUUUCAGAUACUCUUUUUAAGUAUUGUUGACCACACCCCUGUCAGAAUAAAAUAUUUGGUAAGUGGGUGACCGCCCAAGCUUUUGAUUCAAGGUGAUGGUGAAUUGAACCCAGCCCUGGUGUGCAUUAUGUAUGUGUAGUCUAGAGAUUUAAUGUUGAGGGAGAGAAAAAAAAGUGUUCACUAUUGGGCUGCCUCGAAACCAAACUCCACCCUUCGUUUUGACACCUUUUCAGCUAACGAGGCUCAAGGAUGGAUGGAAGAAAGGGGGGAAGAAUUUCAGUGCGCCACCACCUCCCCACCCUGCAUGACCGGACAGGAUUACAACCACCACCUCUUCCUCCUCCACCCCUCCAUCUCUCCUCUCCGUCUCCACCCAUCCUUCUCUCUGUCUGUUCAUCUUGUCUGCCUGACUAAGAGCAGUGGAUGGAAGACCCUGACCUGUGUAAGGCUAUGUUAUCUAAACAUCUAUACUCAUGGUAACUAAAGAUGAAAGAAAAGAAACUUUCCAAACAGCUCUUUUAUUUUUACGAUGUUUUAUUUGACAUGAAGAUGACUACGUGUGAUGCUUUUUUGCAAAGAAACAAUAAAAUGGCCCCACAAUCCCCCUACUAGAAGACACAAACAUUACAUCCUAUUUUGUUUUUUAUUUUUCCUUGGCUCGCUGUACUGUGUACAUUCAGUUUAGAGAUCAGUUUUUAUAGGGUGCAUAUUUGAUGUUUUCUCCCCACCCCUCCCUCUCAUUCUCAUUUAUUCUUUUCAUGGUUAGUAUGUUUGUAAAUGUCUCUCUGCUUUUGAUUAAAAACUAGAUGGUGUUGUAAUAAAAAAUGUUUACUGAGGUACUCGAUGCAUUUGGUGAAUUCCUCUACAUGUUUGGCUCAUUUAUAUUAAAUGUAUAUUUUGGACUGCAGACUGUUUUUCAUAUUGAAUUUGUCUACACGUAAAACCUUUUCUUUCUUUUUUUUUUAGCUGUAUUAGCCAGCAGCUUUAUGUUUUAGUAAAUGGAACCCUGUCAUUUAGUCCCUUUUUCUGUUAUUUUGUGUUAUUUUAUUUUUCAAAUGGAUAAAACUUACAAGGUAAGGCAAAGUAGACAUGUACUUUUUUUUUUUUUUUUUAAAUGUGCAGUGAUCGUUUGAAGGGCAGAUAUGUCGACCAUGAACAUGUAGAUGGUCUAUAUGGACAUGCAGCUCUUUGGGGCUACACACUGUACACCAAAAAAACACACAAUACUGUUCACAAAGUAGUUUCUGUUUGUGUGUGAACGCACUGAACCGCUAUUAUGAACCCGAUUGUCUAUGAAGUCCUUGUUUUGUUCAUGUGAAAUAUUUUCAUUCUUCUGCUAAGUAAUGCUGGUAAAUUCGAGCAGCAGCAGUUUGCAUGCUUUACAUGGAAUUAGUCACCCAUACAUAUAAAUUAAUAUCAUUUCCAACACUACCCUGUCACACCUUUAGGUAAACCUUUAAACAAAACCUGAACAAAUUAAUUUAGUUUGUGAAAUAUAGACUGUACACCAUAACACUAGUAUUGUUAUGCAAUGCAACACGUGUUUUCUCUUUUUUUCCGCCACCCAUCGUGUUCAUGUCUUGCAUUUUGUUUAAAUACACUGAUUGUCAGCACUUGGUGAUAGAGGUUUUAGUUUGUAGUGUUUAAGAUGAUUGGUUUGGCAAAUGAGCACUGAGAUACAUGUAUGUGUUUUACUCUCUACGACCAAAAUCUAUUUAUACAUUCAGCCUAGAUUUUACUUUGCGUUGCGUCUUAAGACCAGACCAGUUAUUGAAUUUUAGGACAUAAAAAUCUGAGUGUUUCAUCAGUGUCACAUUGCUGUUUGUUCCAUUUGUACUCCAAAACAAAGGAAUAUGGAUAAAAUUAGAUUAAAAUGCAAGUUUCUUUGUAUGAAUACAACAAAAUACAUCGCAGAUAUACACAGGUUAGCAAACAGCUCCUGUUUCAAUGGUCCACAAUACAUCCCUUUAUUGUUUAAAUCGAAGAAUCUUUUGUGUUUAUUUGAUUAUUGGUUUACUUGUCAAGAUGAUUGUUCUUUUGUUUUGUUUGUAUUAUUUUUAAAUCUGUCGUGUCGGUUCAAAUCCAUGACCAUCCCCUGAAAUAUUGCAUCUACAAAGGUAUUUAAUGAUUGUAAAUAUUGCUGACCAUAACUUCCAUCUAGUCAUUUUAAUGGCUACAGGAAUCACUGAACUUUUAAAAGCUGUUAAUCAGAGUGUAACAGCAUCCAAGCAUUUUUAAAACCAUCACGAUGCUCUUGAAAUGUCGUUUUUUUCUAACUGUACACUUUAAAAGUAGUAUUAUAUUCUAAUUGUUGAUCCCUUUGCUCCUAUAACCUUGUAAUCUCUGUAAAAGAGUAAUAGGACAAAUUGUACAUUGGGGUUUAGGUACAAAAACAAUGUGAAAAAGUGGCAUUUCACUCUGAAGGGGGAAUAAUCUUAAUGCUGAACAAUAGUUUAAAGCCGUCAGUUAUUUUGGCCGUCUGGACCUCUUGUCUGUGCCUACAUAUUAUGAAUCUUUCAUAUACAUUGGCUUUUUGUGGCCUUCAAAUUCACCUCCACCCAGUGUCAUCUUGAGCGGAGGUCUAAUCAGCCAGAAUAAGACCGUCUUUGUGCAGGGCUUUCUGUAAAAAUACUCAGGGGUUCCCUGUGGUGCUGCCUUGUGCUGACUUCUCUCCACAGCGCUGACGGUAAGUGUUUACAGGUCACUGCUGAAGAAGAAAAAGUCUAGACUCUACUGCAUCAACCAAGACUUUACCUCAUGUAAGCGGUUGGAAAGUAUCUUGUGUGUUUGUGUUUUCAGUAUUUGACUUGUGUAAAGGUAGGAUCAUUUUUACCAGCCAUUACCUGAUCUUAAGCUACCUUUCCCAUCACCUGUAACAGAUAAUUUAAGGUUUAGAAAUGUUGCGUUUGUGACCCCCAAACUGAAACUCCCUAAAGUGCCACAUGGGUAAAACUUGUAACUUCAUAUUUGAUCAUUUACAGUUGAUUUCUCUGUCUGUAAAUGUAAUUGAUCAACCUGCCUGGUGAAAGCAGGGCCUGUAAGGGCUACAUGACUUGUGUCUUGCAACAAUUCUUAUUGGUAUUCAUUAUUAAUGUAAUUUGGGUUUAUACAUUAAUGGGAUCAGUUCUAAUUUAUUUACAACUGUACCACUGCCAGCAAUGUCCUGUUCUUGUUGCACAUUCCCUGUUCGGGAAAGGCACAUGGAAGCCAAAGUAACCAAAUGGUCUCAAAAAAUAAAACAUUUCUAAAUUCA